AUGCCCUUCCUCCAAAUUGCCUACAAACGCAUCCACUACGCCGACCACAAACCCCCCGAUUCAACCCCCACCCGCGAAAUCUUCAUCCUCAUCCACGGCCUCGGCUCCAGCCAAAACUACUACGGCGCCAUUGUCCCCGCGCUCACGGCCCACGGCUUCAGAUGCAUAGCCCUCGAUACCACGGGCGCGGGCCGUAGCCCUUACACGCAGGUCGAGCAGAGCAUCGAGAGCCUGGCGGGGGAUGUGGUGGGAGUGAUGGAGAAGCUGGGGGUGGAGAAGGGGGUCGUUGUGGGACAUAGUAUGGGUGGCAUCAUAGCCGCCCACCUCGCAGCCACCCGCCCCUCCCUCGUCACGGCAGCCGUCCUCAUCGGCCCCGUCUAUCCUUCCUCCGCCGUCGCAGACGUCUUCUCAAAGCGCAUCGCCCUCGUUGAGAAAGAGGGCAUGGAAGCAAUGGCAAAUACCAUCCCCUACGCCGCCGUAGGCAAAGCAGCGUCGCCGCUCGUGAAAGCGUUCAUCCGCGAGCUGCUGCUGGGGCAGGAUGCCGCGGGGUAUAUCUCGAACUGCCGCGUUAUUGCUGGCGCGCGGCCGCCGGCGUUUGGGGAUGUAAAGGCGCCGGUGCUGAUAUUGGCGGGGGAGGAGGAUAAGAGCGCGCCGUUGGAGGGGUGUAAAAAGAUGGUUGGGGAGUUGGGGAGUGAGGUUAAGAGGCUGGAGGUGUUGGAGGGCUGUGGACAUUGGCAUUGCUUGGAGAAGUGGGAGGCGGUGGGGGAGAAGAUCGUGGAGUUUUGGGAUCAGAUACAGUAG